UCCAAACAACCCACAGUUGGCAGAGAGAAGAGAAUGUUUUCUCGGAAACGUAGCUUUACCUUUGGAGUCUGUGAAGGGAGGACUGAUGAGGCAGAGCGCUGCAUCAGUGACACCUUAGAUUCACCUGUCCAGGAUCCUCAGGCUGCCCUUAAUCCAGCUGUUCAAAAUAAGGCAGUGGAUUUGUUUGAAAUGAUUGAAAAAAUGCAGAAAAGUCGUUUGGAUGAGCAAAGGUGUUCACUUCCAGCUCCACUCAAGAGAGAAGAGGAGUACAUCCCAUACCCUAGCAUCCAUGAGGUGUUAAGGAGAGGGUGGCCCUACCCUCUCAUUAUCUUACCCCAGUUUGGGGGCUACUGGAUCGAAGGGACCUCUCACAACCUUCCCAUCUCAGGCCCAGAAUUGCAUGACCUGCCAUCCCCUUGCAGUGGCAAAGUGAAGCUGGAGUGUGACCCAACAGCCAAGUUGUACCGCAAGCACUUCCUAGGAAAGGAACAUCACAAUUUUUAUGCCAGUGACACAACUUUGGGCUACUUGGUCCUUUCCGUGAAGUAUGAACAAGUUGAAAAGCAAGACAACCUCCGUUUGCUUCUGAGGUCUCGAACCAGUACCAAGCACGACCUGAUUCCUAUUUCUUGCCUGAAUGAGUUCCCCAAUGCUGUCCAAAUGGCAAAGCUGCUGUGUGAGGAUGUGAAUGUUGACCGCUUCUUUCCGGUGCUCUAUCCCAAGGCUUCCCAACUCAUUGUUGCAUUUGAUGAACAUGUCAUCAGCAAUAACUUCAAGUUCGGAGUCAUCUACCAAAAACCUGGGCAGACCACAGAGGAAGAAGUCUUCAGUAAUACUGAAGAGAGUCUGGGCUUCUUAGAGUUUUUGGAUAUCCUUGGAGACAGGAUCCAGUUGCAGGAUUUCCGUGGCUUCCGAGGUGGCUUGGAUGUUACUAGAGGUCAAACAGGAUCUGAGUCUGUCUACACACAUUUCCGGGGCAAAGAGAUCAUGUUCCAUGUCUCUACUAUGUUGCCCUUCACAGAGGGAGAUGCCCAACAGCUUCAGCGGAAGCGCCACAUUGGGAACGAUAUCGUGGCCAUUGUCUUCCAGGAUGAAAAUACUCCCUUUGUCCCUGACAUGAUUGCGUCAAACUUCCUGCAUUCCUAUGUGGUCGUGCAGCUCCACCACAGUGCCCUGGGGGAGACUCUCUACAAGGUUUCUGUUACAGCCCGUGAUGACGUCCCUUUCUUUGGGCCUUCUCUGCCAAAUCCAGCAAUAUUCAAAAAGGGCACAGAGUUCCGUGAAUUUCUUCUGGCAAAGCUUAUAAAUGCAGAGCACAGCUGCUACCAUGCUGAGAAAUUUGCUAAGCUGGAGGAUCGUACCCGCAGUGCCCUCCUGGAGAGCCUUUAUGAGGAGUUGCAGAUUCGUAGCCGCAGUAUGAUGGGCUUGGCCUCUGGCGACGACGACAAAAUAGAGAAUGGGGGUGGCGGCUUCUUUGAGAAUUUCAAGCGGGUGAUCCGGGGCCGUAGCCAGAGCCUGGAUACCAUGGGGAUAGCCAUGAGGAAGCAGCACCAACAGCAGCAGCAGCAGCCAUCAACUCCACCCAAUCGCCCAGCUACUGCUGGCCUUGCCCUCAACCAGAGUGUCGCCGAGGGCCCCAAGGCUAUUGCUGCGUCCUUUGCCCUACCUGGGAGAAGCCCGUCACGCAACCGAGGUAGCCACUUCAAUGGGCGUCGCAGUAGUGCAAUUGGCAUUGAGAACAUCCAAGAGGAGAAAAGCAAAGACAUCGCUGAAAGGAUACAGAAAGUAUUGGAGAGCCCAGGGCCCUUCUUUGACCUAAAGUCGGACGGCUCCUCCAGUCCCAGCUCCCCAGAAUUCCCCAACAGGAAGAACAACAGAGCCCUCUCCAGUCAGACAUCAGGGUAUUGCGUGAUGCAGCCCCUGUCCCGUUCCUCAUCCAACGUGAGCAGCUGUUGCAGUGGAGUGAGAGAAAAUGAGACGUCGGAGGAGGAAGAGAACGAGGCGGAGUUGAUGUGUUCCCUUGAAGGUCCCCAAAAGCAGGAGUCCCUGACUCAGAGCGCAUGGUUAGACGAUAGUGUCUGCACACCCAGCAGUACCAGCUCACCAGUAACUCAGCUGCUCCCUCCAAGCAGUGCUGGUGGCUCCAUGGAGAAGGGGAAAGGCAGCAAAGUGGAUGCUCAUCGUUACAGUCCAGUAUGUUAUUCUUCUUUUCUUUUUCCCAUGACAUUAAGGAGGCAGGGAGGUGAUUUCAUGGGUUCUUCGUAUACUGGAAAGCAGGGGGGUAAAGGGAAGAAUGCUAAAGAAACUGCCACUUCCUUGUUCCACAGGCCUCCAUUUUGUGCUGUGUGUGAUGUCAUCGCUGGAGGGGUGUCUCAGUGCAUGCUGGGUAAUUCUCAGGAUUUGAUGCCAAAGUGAGACCUCAACAGCAGCUCACCCAGAUGUCUGGAGGAGAUGGAUGCUGGAUUCCCCAGGAACACCUGACCUGACCUUUCUGCUUCAUUCAGUGACAGCUGCACCACAGGCAGUAAGGAAACCAACCACAAAAGUCCAAAUCGUGGCAUUCGCUCACCCACAUGUGUCAUUCUAGUUCACCAACCUCAGGAGAUCAAAAAGUCAAGAGGGGGGAACAGGGGGUCUCCUGCCAUAGUUUCAGAAACAAAUGAGAGGAGAGAGUUCUGUCCUCAUAACUGCUAAAAUUUAAAAACCCAAGAUGUGCCCCACAGGGACUUCUUAGGAAGGCUGUGUUAGUAUCCAUUCUUCUGAGCACAGGCUUUAUAAAACUAAGGAAUGAAAGCGCUUAUCACUCCAAGGACGGCACCUGGCAUGCAAGAGCUCCUCAACUGCUUUAUGCAGCGUAGGUAUCUUGUGCCAGAGUGCACAUGUGUCUGAUAGUGGGAGGGGUUUGUGUUCAUCUCAUCCUUCAUGGGAUUCAACAGGUCUUUGUUUGGUAUCUCACUGUACAACAGUCCCUCCAACCACUCCAUUCUCCCUUAAGUCUCUGUGCCAUCAAGAACCUAUAAAUGUGAAUUUGUGACCCUUGCUCCAUGCUUGUUGUGUCUGUGGUGUCUGGGCUUGCAAUAAAAGACUACUGUGACCAAUAUACUCU